UGCACGCCGGGAGGCGCCGUGAGGGCUUUAAGGGCGGGCGGCCGCCGCCAUCUUCCUCUCGGCGCCGCGCAGCCAUGGGCCACCAGCAGCUCUACUGGAGCCACCCCAGGAAGUUCGGGCAGGGCUCCCGCUCGUGCCGCGUGUGCUCCAACCGCCACGGCCUCAUCCGCAAGUACGGGCUCAACAUGUGCCGGCAGUGCUUCCGCCAGUACGCCAAGGACAUCGGGUUCAUCAAGCUGGACUGAGCGCCGGGAGGAUGAGGCGACAGCCAGGAGCCACCGGGGCGUCCCAGAGCAUCCCUGACGUGUCUCCAGCGACUCGGCUCAGCCUUACCUAAUAAAUGCUGUCCUAACCCA